AUGCAGAACAAUCUUUCAACCAUGGCUCUCAAUCGCGCUGCCCUCGACGAAUUCGUCACUCAACGUGUGACUCGGGAAAUGGUCAGCUACUUGGCUCAACAAGCAUCACACGUUAUCCGGUGCGAGGCCCAUGUGACCAACACUGUCAACCAGCAUGGUCAACCUACACCCCCCGCAACACCUCCUAUGGACCCAGCAGACCCCUCUCUGCCCCCAUUGCCAUCCACUGAAGUUUUCAUCGCCUCUCUUGUUGCUCGGUCGCAGGUCCAAGUUCCCACUCUCAUGAGCGCCCUAGUCUACCUCGGCCGCCUGCGUGCCCGUCUCCCUCCAGUCGCCAAGGGCAUGCGCUGCACUGUUCACCGAAUCUUCCUAGCCUCAUUGAUUCUUUCCGCCAAGAAUCUUAACGACUCCAGCCCCAAGAACAAGCACUGGGCUCGCUACACAGCAGUCAAAGGCUACGAAGGAUUCGGCUUCUCUCUCCCGGAGGUGAACUUAAUGGAACGUCAGCUGCUUUUCCUGCUGGAUUGGGACACCCGUGUGACCGAGGAGGAUCUCUUUACAUACCUUGAGCCUUUCCUCGCUCCCAUUCGUCAGCGCCACGAGAUCCAACUCCGCGAACAACAAGCUCAGGAAGAACACCAGCGCAAGCAACAACAACACCGUGAAUGGUAUGCAUCCCUGCUCAUCAGACACAAUAUCUCUACUCACACUCGUUCCAGGCGUCGUUUGCACGUUUCCGCGGAUCUGCUGGCCAGCCGCCUUCGUCGCCAAAAGCUAGAGGCCAGAGUCGAUGGUCGCCGAGUUCCCGAUCACUCUCUUCGUCGUCUCCCAAGCCACGUCUCCUGCCCUACAAUCAACACUCAACCUCCCCAGUUCAGUGCUGAAUCCGAUCGUUACAAUCCCUACACCCGACACCGCACAUCGCCUCACAGGCCCACCCGCUCCAUCUCCCCCCCUUCCAUCCGUGAUGUACCAGCCCUCUCCCACGCUGAGACAUUCAAUUCCCUUUGCUCUCGUUCCUCCAGCAUUGCACCCAGCUCCCGCGGAACCCCAGGAAGCAUCAGCACAGUCUCCUCGCACAGCAAUGAGGAUUUUGCCAUCUCCGAUUCAAGCAUCAGUCCUUCAACCACUUCCCUGGCUUACAGCUACGUCAACAUCACAGACGCAAAGCACUUUGAGCCGGCACGUCAAUCAAGCAAGAAGAUGAAGGUUCACGGACACUCGGGUGGCUUCGUAGCUCGUUUCCUUGCUUCGGCUACAGGAACAUACGGCCGUAUCGGUCGACCACACGCUUAA